GGAAGACGGACGCCCUUCAGCGGCCGCGGACGUGCGCGCACCGCUGGAGGCAGUCAAGCUGCAGACCGGAGCUUUGGCACAACUCUGGCUGCUGUUAGCGGCGGAGAGGAGAGAGGAACGGGAGCUGGGUGGGCAUGACAUGUGAGCCAAGUCUGCACAGAUACACCACAUAGCCAAAGUAUGUCUGCGGAGGGGCGGGUCGAUGCUCCGAGGGACUUGACUCAGGUGAAUGAGAACACAGCUGCAGAUUUCUCCUGUUUUUGGCUUUUUUGUUUAAUUUUCUCAUCUCAUCGCUGAGAGGAGACCGAUGAGGCAGCUGUAGACCUCCCCGUGCCCCACUUCACCCUGAUCCAGCCUGGCAAGCGUCAAGGUGCAGCAGCCAGGAGAGAGGGGACAGAGGAAAAGCCGAUGUUCAAUUAACUAUCCGACGAAACGGUGUAUAAACGGAGAAUAACGUGACAGCAUUGCUGAGUGGCCGCAGACUGACAGAAUCACAAGGGAGAGGACACUAUGUCAAAGGAGACGAGAGUAAAAGGUUCGUCAAGAAAAUACAGCGCCACUCAUUGGUGCCUGCAGAAUAUUGCACAAGAAUCAGUCGACAGCUCCGAUGAGGAGUUCUUUGACGCCAGAGCAGAUGUUAUCGAGGGGAAGAGCGCCAUUCUGCUGGGGAUGAGUCAGUGGAACUCAAAUGACCUGGUGGAGCAGAUCGAAACGCUGGGACACAUGGAGGACCAGUCACACGAGGGUCUGUACCAGCUGGGAGGUCCACGCUGUGCCCCUCAGAGCAGCAUUGAAGGAGUGGACGAUACAGAGAGAAAAUGUAAGACCCAUGUGCUAAUACUUGUGGUGCAUGGGGGAAACAUCUUGGACACAGCGGGCGGAGAUCCCAGCACAAAAGCUGGCGAUGUGGCCACGUUGGCCUCGGUGCUCGACAAGGUUACGCGGGCGCAUUUCCAAGCUGCUGCCGAACACGUGAUGAUCAAGCUGGUGCCAUGUCCAGCUGUAUGUGCUGAAGCCUUCUCUCUGGUGUCCAAUCUCAACCCCUACAGCUAUGAUGAGAGCUGUGUGUCCAGCAGCGUAGACCACCUGCCUCUUGCUGCCCUUCCCCUCCUCGCCAUUGUCUCUCCACGCUACCAGGAUGCUGUGGCGACCGUCAUUGACCGGGCCAACCAAGUCUAUCGCAGUUUCCUGCAGUCAGAAGACGGUCAAGGGUUCAGCGGUCAGGUUUGCCUGAUGGGCGACUGUGUGGGUGGUGUUCUGUGCUUUGACGCUUUGUGCUUCAGCAACCACCAGAGGCCUGGCAGCCCCAACAACAGCAGCAGGAACAAUAGCACUGAGAGCCUGAAGGAUAACUCGGGCCUGCUGGGGGAGUCCAGCUCGGGUUUGAGCUCUAGCAAGAGGCUGAGCAAAAGCAACAUUGACAUCUCCGCUCCCAACGAAGGCCAGAGCGGCCCACCACUCAGCCGUAAACAGAGCGACUCUUAUGAUGGAGACACCUCGUCCACUGGCCAGCACAGCUUUUUCUCCAGUUUGAUGAAGGAGGGCACAGAGGUGCGUGGCGGCAGUAGUCCUAGUCUGGUGUUGAACCCAGGCAGAUUUGACUUUGAGGUAUCGGACUGCUUCCUGCUGGGUUGCCCGCUGGGCCUAGUGUUGGCCAUGAGACGCACUGUGCUGCCCGCUGUUCAAGUGAGCCAGCUUCGUCCAGCCUGCUCUCAGAUUUUCAACCUGUUUUACCCCUCGGAUCCUUCAGCUUCUAGACUAGAGCCGCUACUGCAGCCUCUCUUCCACAAGUUGCCACCCUUUGCUGUGCCACGCUACCAACGCUACCCUCUUGGAGAUGGACGUUCGGUGCUCAUAGCAGACAGUAUCCAAAGUCAUCCAAAUGUGUUUUUGGAAGGUGAACAAACUCACGGAGGGCCGACUUCGCAGCAGUCCUCUGAGACCGACACUGAAGGAGGAGGAGGAGAAGAGGGGGGGCGUAGAGCCAGUGUGACCAGUGUGGAAAGUGAAAUGUCGAUUUGCUCCAUGGGCCAACUUGGAAACACCAUCGCUAACAUUUCCAGUAGUUGGUGGGGCUCCAAGAGGCUGGACUAUGCUCUGUACUGCCCUGAUGUGCUGACUGCGUUUCCAACAGUGGCUCUGCCUCACCUUUUUCACGCCUCCUACUGGGAGUCCACUGACGUGGCAGCUUUUGUUCUUCGGCAGCUCAUGCGAUGUGACUGCAUAAAGGCAAAGGAAGCAGACAACUUGGACUCGGCUCCUUUCUCACCCUCUGGUCCCCGUGAGAAGUGGCUUAGAAGGAGGACACAUGUCAAACUAAGGAACGUCACAGCAAACCACAGGGUGAAUGAUGUCAUUGCCACCGAGGAUGGACCCCAGACUCUGGUUGGUCGCUUCAUGUAUGGCCCCUUGGAUAUGGUCACUCUGACUGGAGAAAAGGUGGAUAUCCUGCUCAUGACACAGCCUCAGUCGGGCCGCUGGGUGCACUUUGACACAGAGGUGACCAACAGCAGUGGCAGAGUCACAUACACAAUACCUAAGACCAAGAAGCUUGGCCUAGGAGUAUAUCCCAUUAAAAUGGUAGUCAAGGGGGAUCAGACUAGUGCAGAGGCCUACCUGACUGUGUUACCAAGGGGCAUGGAGUGUGUUGUGUUCAGCAUUGAUGGCUCUUUUGCUGCCAGUGUGUCAAUCAUGGGCAGCGACCCCAAGGUCCGUCCUGGAGCUGUCGAUGUGGUCAGGCAUUGGCAGGACUUGGGAUAUUUGAUCAUCUACAUCACAGGCCGUCCUGAUAUGCAGAAACAGCGUGUGGUGUCCUGGCUCUCGCAGCACAAUUUCCCCCACGGGAUGAUCUUUUUUUCUGAGGGCUUAGUUCAUGACCCCCUGCGACAAAAGACCAUCUUCCUCAGGAACCUCAUCCAGGAGUGUCACAUUAAGAUCAACUCUGCCUAUGGCUCCAUGAAGGACAUCUCUGUUUACAACAUGCUUGGCCUCAGCCCCUCACAAAUUUAUAUUGUUGGCAGACCUUCGAAGAAGUACCAAAAUCAGUGCCAGUUCCUGAGCGAAGGUUAUGCAGCACACCUCUCCACUCUUCAGUUUGGGCACAGAGCCAGACCUAAGAAAUCUCCUUCAGUUCGCAUGGUCUUAAGGAAAGGUUCAUUUGGUCUCUCAGCGAAGCCUGACUUUCUGUGUAAACGAACCCACCUGCGCAGGACCAUGUCAGUCCAACAACCUGACCCCCCGUGCACACCCAACCCUAAGCCUGAGCGAGCCCAGAGCCAACCAGAAUCGGAUAAGGAUCAUGGUGGUGGGGGAGGCGGAGGAGGAGGAGGGCAAGGGCAAGGACAAGGUGCUUGGGGACGAGCCUCCAUGCAUCGCGGAGAUACAACUCCCUGACAAGAGACAAGAGAUGAAAGGAUUGCUGGAGGACAGAAGAGGAGAACAAAGGGGUCUUAGUGUCCAGGGCCAAGGUGACAUCUUAUUCCAUAUUCCAGCGUCACCUCUGCCUACUCUAUGUGUACUUUGGAUCCUCCUGUUCUUUACCUCCUGCUUGGCCCUGUACACUUCGCCACCUGUUCGGUCCUUUUCCUGACCUGCUCGGUGGAAAAGGUCACUCGGUCUUCUUAAAUUUGAAACAGCUGCCGAGGACGGCAGCAAUUUUUGUCAACGUUUGUGUCAAGCUUCAGUUGUGUCUCACUGUCAAACCUAAGAAUGUAAUUAAAAGUGUUACUAUACACACAUAUUUAUGAACACACACAUGCUCCAGAGGAUGAAAAACGAUGAUGGUGGCUACCUUGAAGCUAUUAUGACCCUUUUCCAGCCUUAGCAGCUGAUUAACAGAUGCUGCACGUACCACGGUCCUAUUCAGACUGCUGUGCUGAGAGGUGGUCACGCUGAAUGACUUCUGCACUGACUCCACUGAUGUAAAUACUCAACACACAUUAUCCCUGCGUGGGCCUCUGGACACAGAAGCACUGUGACAUUUCAGUUCAAUCUCUGCAAUCCAGAGCGCCAAACACCCAACCUCUCUGAACUCCAGCCUCUGCCUCUAUUUUAUUCACACUGUUGGAUGUUUCCCCUCACGUUGUGGUUGGCUUAGUACUAGUUCAACCCCACCCCCACCACCCUCCCCUUCAACCAGUCAGGCAGAACAUGCCAUCUGACAGCUGCCUCAGACCUGGUCCGCAGCCGCUGAAGUACUGUGGUGUGCACGGCUCGGCCCCCGAGGUUGCAUUUGCACUACACAGCAGUGGCUCUCGAUUUAGCUGCAGUUCGAGCUUCAGAAACAAAGAGAUGCAUUUUUGGUGUAUUUGUACUUCUUGUCACUGCUUGUUGAUUACUGUAACUACUGAACGACUGAACAAAUAGUUCAUAGCAAAGUGUUCACUUUACCGAAAAUGUUUACUGAUUGAUAGACACAGCCGUGAAAUGGUGAUCAAAACAUGUUUGCCUAAAUCAUUACAGUGAAAGCAUAAUUAGCAUGUCAAGUAUUGAUUGGUAGUUGACUGGUAGUUGCAGUGCACUUUUUCAGGGUUUAAAUACCUCCACGCUCUUCGCAGUCAAAUUCAGAAUUUUAACUAGUUAAAUAUUUGCUGCUUAAAUAUUUCAACAUUGCUUCUUCAUGUCACUAAAAAGUAACACGACAAAGAACAUAGAAAAAUAACUUUUAUCUCAAACAUGUUUUAUCAUUUACACUGUGUCAUUCUCACUUUGGAUAGCAUCAAAUUAUACAAGUACUUAGUAAUCAUGGUAAUAAGUGCUAAAAGUGACAAGAUUAUAUAAAUUAUUAUGUAUAGAAGUUGUUAUAUCUGAAUAAAAAAAAACUUUAAAUAUGUCCUCUUAUUUUCAAACAUUCAAACAAAAAACAUCAGUGCGUUGGUUUAACUAACUGACUUAUAAAGUCUGUAACUGCUUUGCAAGUAGAGGUCACUGCAGAACACAAAUGGGCCACAACCGCUGGCCAUCCCCCAGCUGUUAGGCAACGUCAGAUUAGAGUUAGUUAGAGACAACGUGUGUGGCUCUGAAAGUGUAAAAAUUAAAGUCCUCUCUGAAAUAUUUAAUCCCAGUAUUUCAAUACAAUGUUAGCUGUGUAGCUCGCAGAAUUGUAUAAUAGACACAAUCCCUGUCGGUUCUACCAGAAUGCCCUUGUGUCCAUUUAUAACAGCUGCCCUGGAACCAAUAGAUUUGUGAUAAAAUCAGAUGCCGUCUUGUGCACUUGAAGUUGAAUUGAAUCUUAUUGUGGUCAUGUUUAAAAAUCUGUGCAAGUUGAACAUAUUUUUCUAUGAGCAAAUAUUGUAAAUAGAAAUAUUUUCGAUGUAUGUUUUUGAAUUUUUGGUUGUUUUACUUGUAGAAUUGUUGAUUUUUGCCUUAAACUGUAUUUGAUGUUGUGUAGGAAUACAAAAUAAUUUGUUUUGUCAAAGUAUUGAGUUUUAUUGUUACUUCAUGACAAAGUGCAUUCUAUCUAGUUGAUCAGAUACAGUAUAUAUGUGUGUGUGUGUGGAUGUGUGUAUGAGUGUGUGAGUUUAGAGGCAUUUGUUGUAUAGUUGUACUUACUGAGAACAUGAAGACAGCUAUGAUAAGUAAACGCCUCUGCAGAGAAAAAUCAGACCAGUGUUAAUAUAUCUGCACGAUCCAACUGCAGCUCAAUACUGCCGAUUCUUCAGAAGGGAGCAUGUAUUUUUUAUAAUGCUGAGAUUAAGCAGGGCAUCAGGGGGAUACUUGGUUAAGGUUUUAAAUGCUUACCUUGAAAGAAAAAGAGCAUAUGAGCUCUUUGGGUGUCUUGUUUUAACUUAAAGCCUGCAUGGAGCGGAACACGAAAGCCAGGUUGGAUCUAUUCUUGACUCCUCUGCCUUUGAUGGUCCAUUAGUUGAUUAAGUGAUCACUAAUAAGUAUGUAUGAUUCCCUGUAGUUCAGCCCCGUAAUUACAGUGCACCAAUUAGCAUUACCUGGUAACUGUAUAUUAUCCCAGAUACAAUGCUGAAUUACUCAGUUUUGUUUUGUAAUUAAACAGUUCAUAUUAAAGCAUACCAAUCAUUCCAGUCAAUGUGCACACAGUAAUCAAAAGUGAAUCAAAGUGUACAAAACAUACGUUUUAUUUUGAUGUACAAAGGAUAUACUGAAGGAUAUACUGAAAAUCUAGUUGGAAUUUCACCACAACAGUGUUAGUAAAUGGCAAAUAAUAAUCUAAUGGUUAGAUGGUGGCUGUUCUGUGUAUGAGAUUGAUUGGAUGCUGUAAGCAAUAACUAUCAGUUGCCACCUUUGAGGUAACACAAACAUGACAAUGUCAUGUAACAGCAAAGUAUUUAAUGUUAAAAGGUGGGGAAUGAUGAUUCGUGGACAUGCUGUAAUGAUACUACACAGUGAGCAAGAUCCAAAUCAGUAAAUUUAUGAUAAAGAUCUAAAGAGUGAAAAUACUCUUACCUGUAUGGUCCAUACUCUCAUCGACAGAGAAUUGUUAAUCAAGAGUGAAGUUAGUUUCCAUUUUUCCAAUAAAAUGUUAAACAGUCUUUAGUUAAUUAAAAAAAUGUUCCCAUAUGUGAGAAAAAACACAAAAGAGGGAGCAUCGUAUUACUAACCUCACUAAGUGCUAAUUAAUGCUGUCAAAUUAGUAUUCUCCAAAUUAUGUCUUGGGUACUGACCUAAUUUGCCAUUUAUUAACAAUUUGUAUGACUAUAGUCAGUUAUUCAACUUGGUGUUGCAGCUUCUUUUAAAGAAAAUAGCUCUUAUUUAUUCUGAAGUCUUUGUUUUUUACAUUGCCCUCUUGACCAAAGAGGGGGGAAAAACUCCUGGUUUCAGUGCUGCAACGUUUGUUGUUUUGUACAUAUCCCCUGUGAUGAUGAUGAACAUGUUAUUGUGUUUACUGGACUAAGUCCAUCUUUCAUUAGUGCAUAAAUAAAGAUAUUUCACAGUGGAAGAAUUUA